AAUUUACUUAUUAGUAUUUAGAAACAAAAGUUUAAAAAAAAGUUUUUUAAAUUUUUUUAAAUUGAUAUGGUGGAUUCAAAAGCUUCGAAUAUAUCCUCAGAAACAAAUAAAGUGCCACAAUGUUACAAGCCUAGUCAACACUCUGAUGUCAUAAUGAAAUUACGUGCUGCUUGUGCUUCAGCACAUAAAUUACUUAAUUUAGGAAGAACAUGAAAGAGAGUUGCUACAUUGACUGAGGGUUUCUUUAGCAAAAAAGUUGUAUGGGUUUAGAAGUAUCAUUUUUCUCUUACCUUCGCGAUGAAUUGAAACGAGACUAUUUGCUUCAACAAAAUGAGAAGAAGUUGAUGGAACGUCGAAAACGUGUUUAUACUUUUGUUAAAACUCCAAAGGAGCUUGAAAAAUUUUUGUUGUUUGGUUUCCUGCUAUGUUUUGAUGUAUUUUUAUUUGUUUUUACAUUUCUUCCAAUUCGGAUAUUAUUUGCAUUAUUUACUGCAGUCAAGCGCUUACUGUUUUGCAAUAGAGGAAAUCUGGUGGAGCCAGCUCAAAAAAUAGACCUUAUGAAAGGUCUCAUUUUGGCACUAGUUUCCAUAGUGAUGGUCUAUGUUGACACAUCUGUAAUUUACCAUGUUGUUCGAGUACAGUCUAUAAUAAAACUUUAUGUUGUUUACAAUAUGCUUGAUAUGGCAGAUAAACUGUUAUCUUCCUUUGGUCAAGAUGUUUUGGAUGCUUUAUAUUGGACAGUUGCAGAACCUCGUGGGCGCAAACGUGAACAUGUUGGAAUUAUUCCUGAUUUUAUACUCUCUUUUAUUUAUGUUACACUUCAUACAAUUUUAAAUCUUCUACAAGUCAUAGUGUUAAAUGUGGCAUUAAAUUCUUACAACAAAGCUUUACUAACUAUAAUGAUUUCAAACCAGUUUAUUGAAAUCAAAUCAAGUGUUUUCAAAAGAUUUGAAAAGAAUAAUUUGUUUCAGAUCUCUUGCAGUGAUGCUCGAGAAAGAUUUCACAAUGUCACUCUUUUGCUAGUGGUUGCUAUGCGUAAUCUUACAGAGUAUGAAUGGAAUUUAGACUAUGCUUGUUCUUCUUUUAUACCAUUUGCAGCUGUUGUCAUUGGCUCAGAGUUUUUGGUGGACUGGUUUAAACAUGCUUUUAUAACCAAGUUUAAUGACAUACAACCUGAUGUAUAUUUGACAUAUCGUGCUUUUCUUGCAAAAAAUCUUCUUGUCAAUAAUUGUGAUACGGUUUUUAGUGGUCACACUGAUCAAGUUUCUCGUAGAAUGGGAUUUACCGUUCUUCCAAUGGCUGCCCUUUUGAUUCGAAUCUGUUCACAAUGCAUUAAGUUGUCAAAUUGGUCUGGUCUUCUUUUUAUCAUCUUGUUUUACUUAUGUCUCUGUGCGCUCAAAUUUAUUGUCAGUAUCCACAUACUUGGAAAGUCUGUUCAGUAUGUUAAAGAACAAGAUAUAAAAGAAAAACCCUUUGAACCGUGUUGGUCGUUUUCACCAUUGAGCAGCGUUCAAGAAAUUCAUGGAGGUUUUAAUAGUGACACAAAACUUUUUACCUCGAGUGUUCCCGAAGCUUGAGGUUAUAUAAAAAUUAUUUUUAAUAUAAAUGAAAAAAAAUAUAUAUUUUUUAAAGUAUUUUUUUUUUUAAUUUGGUCAUUAGUGUUAUCGCUCUCCUUAAAAAUCCUGGAGUUUGUAGGGUUUUCUGAAAAUUUCUAGGUUUUAUUAAAAAUUUUAAUGUACCUACUUGGAAUCUUUUAGAAAUUUUAUUCUUCAACUUUUUUUGCUUAUGUAAUUUUUUAUUUAUAUUUGAUAGAGUAACUUUUAUUUUCCGUCAUUUUAUUGUAGACGGGACUGUUACUGACGGAACUGUUACUGACGGAACUGUUACUUAGCUCUAUUUCAGAACGUUAGUUUCAUCAUUGUGCAGAUACGAAAUAAUCUCACAUUUAUUUGUACGCCUAUGUUGUUGCAUUUAAAGAUCAAGAGUUAAAUGUAA